AUGAAAGGGAAUGCGGAGGCAGCCGUCGACUCCGCACAAGAGCUCUUCGACCUCGCGCUGCUCGACCUUCCUCCAUCACCUUCUCACUCAUCUCGAAACGACUCGCCUAGUUAUCGAAGAUGAGAGCCAAGUGGAGAAAGAAGAGAGUUCGACGCCUCAAGCGAAAGAGGAGAAAGACGCGUGCUCGUUCCAAGUAAACGCCUCGCCCCUCAACCUCAGCAACCCCUCAGCCUCCCACACAACCAUAACGACACGACAAUCCAAAAUCGAAGUGCUAUCAACCGCCGACGUCUGAUCUCACCAACUCUUCUCUCAUCAAGUCACGUUCCGACAUCUGCUCGAGCAUUGGCAGCGUGUGGGGAGGUGGAACAAAUCAGAAGUCAUCGAUGCGGUAAAAUGGGCUAUGAAUGCACGGAAGGAGGAGUUUGGGGAAGCUGGUCAACCAUUCAUGUUGGGGAUGUCUUGCAAGGGUUUCUUGAACAUGGCGGAUGUGCUCUAACACCGGCAAGCUUCGUGCGAGCCUUUGAGUAGCUUCCUGCCAAUGAUCUGAAGUGGAUAUGCUAUACUUCAAUGAAUUGC